AAGCGGCGUUUUGGCUGUAGCUUGGCAGUGUGCCGUUAGCAUGGUCAUGGCCCUUCGAAUUUGGUUCUGUGCAUGGCUUCCUGUGGCCCAGUCCUUCUACCUGCCUGGCCUCGCGCCCACGGAAUAUGAGGACCAAGACGCCGUGGAGCUGAAGGUGAAUAAGCUGACUUCGGCCAAAACCCAGCUCCCGUAUAGCUAUUAUACCCUGGCCUAUUGCACGCCUGGAGACGGUGUCAAGGCGACCACCGAGAACCUCGGGGAGCAGAUGAUGGGCGACGUCAUCGAGACGUCGCCGUUCAAGAUCAAGUUGAAGGAGUGGAAGACCUGCGAGAAGCUGUGCGACAAGCCGCUGAAGAAGGCGGAGAAGGAGAAGUUUCGCAACAUGAUCGCCGACGAAUAUUUGGUGAACUGGAUGGUGGACAACUUGCCGGCAGCCACCAGAUAUCGCCAGACAGGCUCAGACUUCCAGUACAUGAAUGGCUUCUUGGUGGGGUUGGCCCAAGGCGGCAAGUACUACCUGCACAACCACGUGUCUCUGGAGCUGCACUACCACUCCAACCCUGAGAAGUACCAGGGCUACCGCAUCGUUGGCUUCGAGGUUGAGCCGCGCUCCGCCACGCCGAAGAAUGGGGAGCCAGAUUGCUCGCCGCAGCCCGUGCCCUUUGACCUGGACAGCGCCGAAAAUGUCGUGUUCAGCUACUCAGUGGCUUGGAAGGAGAGCGACGUGCGUUGGGUGUUACGCUGGGACUCGUACCUGAAAACGCAGGGCCAAAGUCAGAUUCACUGGUUCGCCAUUCUCAACUCGCUGAUGAUCCUUCUCUUCCUGUCUGGCAUGGUUGCCAUGAUCCUCCUGCGCACGUUGCACAGAGACAUUGCGACCUACAACCAGGUUCCCACGGAGGAGGAAGCCAAGGAGGAGACAGGCUGGAAACUCGUGCACGGCGAUGUCUUCCGGAAGCCGAACUACUCCACUCUCCUGUCAGUGAUGGCAGGAUCUGGCACGCAGCUCCUGGGCAUGUCUGUGGUGACCCUGGUCUUCGCCCUCUUGGGCUUCCUGUCCCCCGCGCAGCGUGGCAGUCUGCUGCAGUCCAUGAUGCUGCUCUUUACGCUCAUGGGGGUGCUGGGGGGCUACACGGCAGCCCGUCUCUGCAAGGUCUUCGACGGCGACGAGGGCCGCUGGAAGGCCACCACCAUGCUGCAGGCCUUCCUCUUCCCAGGCAUCUUCUUCUCCAUCUUCUUCGUGCUGAACCUUUGCAUUUGGGGAGAGAAGUCCUCGGGGGCCGUGGCCUUCACCACGCUCUUCGCGAUCCUGGUGCUGUGGUUCGGAGUGUCCGUGCCGCUGGUCUUCUUCGGCGCGUAUACCGGAUUCAAGAGGGAGAGGAUGGAGAUGCCGGUGCGGACCAACCAGAUCCCGCGUGCGAUCCCGGACCAGCCGUGGUACAUGCAGCCACUCGCCACGUCGCUGGUUGGGGGCAUCCUGCCCUUUGGUGCGGUGUUCACCGAGCUCUUCUUCAUCAUGUCCUCCAUAUGGCUCCAUGAGUUCUAUUACCUCUUCGGGUUCCUGUCGCUGGUGCUGCUCAUCGUGCUGAUCACCUGCGCAGAGAUCUCCAUCGCGCUGACCUACUUCCAGCUCACCUCCGAGGACUACAGGUGGUGGUGGACGUCGUUCUGUGCGUCCGGGAGCUCUGGGCUCUAUGUCUUCCUGUAUUCCAUCAUGUACUUCAAUUCGAGGCUACAAAUUCGUCACUGGGUGUCUGUGCUGAUGUACUUCGGGUACAUGUUCAUUAUGUCCAGCAUAUUUGCGCUGAUUAGCGGCGCAGUUGGCUUUCUGAGCACCCUGACGUUCGUGCGGGGGAUCUACGGCUCCAUCAAGAUCGACUGAGGCAACGAGGCAACGAGGCAACGAGGCAACGAGGCAACGAGGCAACGAGGCAACUGGCAGCGGUCCGGGCGCGGAGUUGCGCGAGUCUUUUGACUCAACUCGACCGCCAGCUUGGCGUGUCACAUGGGUGCGAACGGGGGGUCUGGGCCCUUGCCCGAAGAAAAGUACGUCCAGGUUC